AAGCUCCCCUCGUCGAUCCUCUUCACAUAGGCGCCCCAAAUGUUUAUCCCUGAAAUAAAGUUACGAUCUCGUAGACUAAUUAUAUACCUAGGUAGGUGGUAACAAAAUCAGGUUUUGUAUAUAUAUAUACUCUACAUGGACCCAUACAGCUUGCGCUUCUGCAAGAGUAAUCUUUAGGCCAUACCUCGGCGAUUAUCAUUGCUGGACUUCUUCUUGCCACGCUUUAUUGUCGUCAGCUCAGCAAUGCUAGAGCUGGAAUAUCGCAUCGACAAAACUUCUCUCCUUAUAGCCAUAUCCUCUUGAUUAAAGCUCCAACUAUGGAUUCCAGCCUCAAACAAUCGAACUCUGGUAUUGACACACGGCUUCUCAUCAUUUCGGAUACACAUGGAAUGCAAUUCCCUGUCGGCGUUAACAAACCUGUAGAUGUGGCAAUCCACUGUGGCGACCUCACCCAGCAUUCCAAAUUAGACGAAUUUCGGGCUGGUAUUAGUCAAAUGGAAAUGAUUAAUGCGCCUCUCAAGCUCAUUAUCGCCGGGAAUCAUGAUUUUGCGCUCGACAUACCGAUUCUUAGACAGAAGAUAUCUGAGGCAUCCAGAUUAGAAACUCUGGAUGAUGCACUAGUCAAAAAAGAAUAUGGUGAUUAUGGCGCAGCUCGAGAAAUCAUGGACCAAGCGAAAGAUAAAGGCAUAAUUUUUCUUGAUGAGGGAUCGCAUAGAUUUUUUCUGAAAAAUGGCGCUCUUUUGAAAAUUUACGCAAGCCCUUAUACACCAUCGACAACAUCGUCCAACGAAUGGGGAUUUCAGUACAGCGACAGUCACAGUUUUAGUAUUGACAGCGGAAUCGACAUUGCCAUUACUCAUGGGCCACCGCAUGGGAUGAUGGAUAUGUCUGCAGAAAGAAAAAGGAUCGGAUGCCCGCAACUCUUUGCAGCUAUAGCAAAGGCUCAGCCUAGGAUUCAUUGUUUCGGGCAUGUCCAUGAGGGAUGGGGUGCAAAAUUGGUUACUUGGAGAUCCCAAAUCUCAAAUAGUCCCUCUCAUUUUGCUGAUAUAGACAACGACAGGUCAACGAAUAUUGAGACGCUAUUGAGCAUAAACGGAUCAAAAUUCGAGUCUCCAGAGGAAAAGAGAAUGAGAGAGAGAAAAACUGCGGAGCUUAAUUCACGUGGAUAUUGUCAGAUAGAACCCUCUAUCGAUAAUAAGGGUUCUCUAGGGAGAGGAAGGACUCUGUUCAUCAAUGCAGCAAUUAAAGGCCACGGUGACCUGGAACAACUCCCAUGGGUUGUCAAUAUCCAGUUACUAGCUUAUGCACCGCAGAUCUUGUGAAGCGGGAAAUGGUCUAUAUCUACUAGUAACGGGCAUAUUAUUGGCAUUAAUUGUUAUUAAGCCAAAGACCACCUUGCUUGACACUGGAAUACAAGUAU